UUUUUUUUUUAUAUUUUCCCACCUGUAGACCUGUAAUUUGACUUGCUGCUAUUUUUCUUUCACCAUGGCUGAGGGUUCAUUUGUGAUGACAGCUGACAUCAGCUUUUACGAUAUUAUCAAACGCACCUAUGAUAACCUCCCUGCUCUUCAAGCUCAUCAUACUGCAAAUUCAAAGCCAACCCCCGCCGACUUGAAGGUCUCAAGCUUCAAUCACAAAACCAUCAACCUUCGAGGAUACACGCACCAUUACGUGGAGGAAGGAGAUCCAAAUGGAGUGCCUUUGGUGUUGCUCCAUGGGUUCCCAGAUAUGUGGUACGGAUGGCGUUAUCAGAUUCGUGCCUUGGCCAAGGAGGGUUAUCGUGUUAUCGCUAUGGACAAUCUUGGAUAUGGUGGCUCUGAUCAACCCAAGUGUCCGAUCGAUAACCCAGAGCCGUAUACUCAGAAGAGCCAUUCGGAAUAUAUGGCGGACCUGCUAGAUCAGCUUGGCAUCAAGAAGGCAGUUUUCAUCGGACAUGACUGGGGUGCUCUCUUGGUCUGGAGGCUUGGGCAUUUCUUGCCUGACCGAUGCUUGGCUGUUGUCGGUAUCGGGAUCCCUUACCAUGCUCCAACAGACCAACCAGUGGACUUUGCAGUCAUAUCUGCACUCUUCCCUCAUCUCAAGUAUAUCGCUGUCUUCCAGACAGAGGAACCCGAGACAUGGUUCGGUGGCGAUCCUCAUGAACAAGCAUUGGCGAUUAUAAACACAGCGUAUGCUACACGUCCAGGCACAAAUGUCGAGGAGACACAGUAUUAUAUCGAUCAGUUCUCACGCACGACUUUUCAUGGUGCAUACAAUUAUUACCGUGCCAUGAAACUCAAUUCUGUUUCGGACCUGCAAUUUGUGGGAAAACCAUUGACAGUUCCGGCGCUGCAUGUAAUUGCGGAGAAGGAUCCCAUUGUGCCAGCUGAUUAUAUAGCCAUGAUAUCAACAGACAUGAUCCAGGACUUGAAACAGGCUUACAUCCCAGAGGGAAACCAUAAUGUCCACAGCGAGAAUCCAGAGGAACUUAACAAGAUUCUGAUUGAAUAUUUGGAUGAUCUUGUCAAGAAGCGUGCUAAUGAUAUUAAAGAUAACAGAAUUAGUAAUGGUCAUGGUGUCGGUACAAUGAAGGAGAAGCAAGACCAGGUAGAGGGGCAUGCACCCUAGGAGAUCCUAGCUGACUGUGCAAUAAAUAUGCGGGUUAAUGUUAUUG